GAGCUGUAGAAAAAGACUGCAUGCGAGAGAGAGAGAGAGAGAAAAGAGGGAGAGAGGGGCCGUUCCUCUAUCUUGCGAUUCUGCUCCGACCAGUAGAAUAGAACUUGUUAUUGCUUAAUCGUUCUACCAACUUCAAUUUACAUGAUCAAGGUUUUCGGUUUACCAGAAACCAUUAUCUGCUUCGAAAUAUCUAGAAUCAUUUGCCCUAGCUUUUUUCAUCUCUUAAAUUAUACUUUUGGACUUUUGCAUGUGUAUUAGGGUUUCAAGGAAUUUAUUAUCUGUAUAAAGGAACCGAAUUUAUAUCUAUGAAUGUUUUCUAGUAUUCAGAAGAUUGAUGAGCUUUUGUAUGCCCUAAUGUGAGCAAAGCACAAAGGAGUUGUGGGCUUGUGCUAGGGUUUCUCUGUCCCAUGGCGAGCACUGGUGAGCCAGACCGUAAGCGCCGGCAGUUGAGCUCUAUAUCCCCCACGGCCACUGCUGCUAAGAAGCAGCCUUUUUUGCCAUUUUCGGAAGAUAAAAAGCUUGACACUGCUGUACUGCAAUAUCAAAACCAAAAGCUUGUUCAGCAGCUAGAAGCUCAGAAAGUUGAAUAUUCUUCCCUUGAGAAUAAAUUCUGUCAGCUGAAGGAGAAACAAAGUGAUUAUGAUGGCACACUACUAGUGGUUAAUAGGUCGUGGGAACAGCUGGUUGAAGACUUAGAAUCUUGUUCUCUUCGUACGAGAAACUCAGUUGGCAGCAGAAAGAAUGCAGGUCAUUCUUCAGAUGGGGCAUCAUCUCCUGCUGAGGAUGCUUUUCUGGAAAGACUCUUAGAGACGGGUGCAACAGAUAGUUGUUCUGCAAAUGACUCCCCUAAUCAUUUUGAAGAUUAUAAGCAAAUAUCUUCCGUGAAAACUACAAAUAUCUUAAGAAAUAUAGUAGCUGCUAUUAAUGACUUGUGGUUUUUUAAGGAUGGGAUUUCUGGUGCACUUCUGGAGGCAUUUGCUGAAGAUGAGCCCAGCAAACACAAGGCAUCUAUUGACUUACAGUCAGAGGUUAAGAACUUACGAAUGGCUCUAGGUGAUCUUCACUUGAAGCACAAGAAAUUGGCAAGUGAGGUACGGAGCCGUCAAGACACCAAUGCAAAGAAUAAAGCUGAAUUCAAACGUCUCACAGGAGAGUUGGAGUGUACUUUUGCAGAGUUGGGUGAAAGCAACUCUAAACUUGCAACUCUCAAAGCACAAAGGGAUGCAGCACAAAGUGCAUUCUUCCCUGUCUUAAAUGUGGGUGGUAGACAUGUUGCUGGAGAUAAGGCUAGAGAUAGGCAGAGAGAUCUGCAAGACAUGGAGGCUACACUCAAGGAGUUGUCGGACUUGACCUCAUGUCGAUUGGUCGAACUCAAGGAUCUUCACAAAGAAAGGAUAGAAAUUUUGAAGCAGCUAUCUUAUUUGCAGAACAGUUUAAAGGGCAUGAAGCAAAUCUGCUCUUCCAAUGCUUAUCUGUCUGCAAGAGAUCAGCUUGAAAAAUCAAAAGCAGAAGUGAUCCAGUAUCAGUCCUUAUUCAAGAAACUACAGGUUGAGAAAGAUAAUUUCGUAUGGUGGGAAAAAGAAGUGAACAUUAAAGUCGAUUUAGCUGAUAUUUUUCGAAGGGCCUCUGCAAUUGCUGAUUCUAGGAUGGGUGAACUGGAGAAGGAGAUACAAGAACGAGUUGAUGAAAGAAAUCUUUUUGAGGCUAGGCUAAAAGGCAUUUCUAGAGAACCAGGUAGGAAAGAAAUAAUUGCAGAAUUUAAAGCCUUGGUUUCUUCACUUCCCAAGGACAUGGGUAUUAUGCAAAGCCAACUGAAUAAGUAUAAAGAGGCUGCUUCAGAGGUUCAUUCUAUACGAGCGGAAGUUCAGUCUUUGUCCAUUUUUCUUGAUAGGAAGGUAAGCGAGCUGGAUAGUUUGUCUUGUCGAUCUGCUGACCAAGAUGCUGAGAUUCAGAAAUUGCAGGCUGUGGUCCAUGAUUUGAAGGAGAGUGAUCAGGAGCUAAAAUUAAUUCUAGAAAUGUAUAGGCGUGAAUCCACUGAUUCCAGGAAUAUUUUAGAGGCCAGGGAUCUAGAGUACAAAGCAUGGGCACAUGUUCAAAGUCUGAAAUCUUCUCUUGAUGAGCACAGCUUGGAACUCCGUGUCAAGGCAGCAAAUGAAGCUGAAGCCAUAUCUCAACAGAAGCUGGCUGCAGCGGAAGCCGAGAUUGCUGACCUGAGACAGAAGUUGGAAGCCUCUGGAAGUGAUAUAUCUAAACUUACGGAAAUACUGAAAUCUAAGCAUGAGGAAGGUGAAGCAUAUCUAUCAGAGAUAGAGUCUAUAGGUCAGGCGUAUGAAGAUAUGCAAACUCAAAACCAACACUUGCUGCAACAAAUCACGGAGAGAGACGAUUAUAACAUCAAGCUUGUUUUAGAGGGUGUAAGGGUAAGACAACUACAAGAUGCUAUGCUCAUGGAAAAACAAACCAUGGAGAGCAGAUUGCUGCAAGCAAAUGCCUCACUGGAUCUAUAUGAUCUGAAGGCUGCACGAAUUGACGAUCAGCUGAAAAUGUACUCAGAGCAGAUUCAGAAACUUGCAGAGGAUCGUUGGCAUGGUUCAGCUACUUUAGAGAAUACCCAAAAGAGAUUGACAGAUGUAAGGAAAGAGUCUCAGCAGUUAAGGAGUUCACUGGAUGAAUCGCAAUCCGAGGUUGAGAGAAGCCGAGGAAGUGUUGCAGAGCUGCAGGUAGAACUAGAGAAAGAGAGGUUUGACAAGAAAAGGGUGGAGGAAGAAUUGGAAGUUAUGGCAAGGAAAGCUGCACGUCUUAGUGCACACAAUGAGGGGUCAUCUGUUGUUGAAAAACUUCAGAAGGAAAUCAGCGAAUAUAAGGAAAUACUCAAGUGUGGUAUCUGUCAUGAUGGCCCGAAGGAGGUUGUAAUAACCAAAUGCUUCCAUCUGUUCUGCAACCCAUGCGUCCAGAGAGUCCUGGAAACUCGACAGCGGAAGUGUCCGUUAUGUGCUAUGAGUUUUGGGCCCAAUGAUGUCAAAGCUGUUUACAUAUGAGCAAAAACAUGUGCAAUGUACAGGAGAUAAUUGCCAUAAUUCCAUGUUCAUGUAGCAGGAGAUUUUGAUUUCUGGGUGGCUGCAGUUAUCUUGUUCUUCAUUGUGGUUGGGAAAUGCUGUAGAAGAGGGAAAAGUAUAUAUGGGCAGGUAAUCGGUAUAAUAUUGUUUCUUCUUUCCUCCCCACUCAUGGCAAGAUGGCUCAUAUUUGCUUGGUUGUGUGAUUCUUAGGUUGUGGAUUGUUCACAGCUUCCUGAGUUUUGCCGUAUCUGUGUAUAGUUAGUUUUCCCAUUUUAAUUCUUGGAGCCUCUGGAAUGCCUCGAGUGGUUAUUUGUAGAUCCACUUGAAUGCCGCUGCUUUCAUUGACUUUGCCCAGAUAUCCUUCCAAGGUGUGGGGUGAUCAGUUUGGUGAAUAAGAAUACCAUUGUUGAGCUCCGCCAACUGAGUCCAGAUGCAUUCUUUAUUGCAUGUUUCUUAUUGUUGUUGAUCAUAAUGGUAGGGUGUUAUAGUCCACGUGAUAGAUUGGGGUGGAUUUCUUAA